GGUAUUUAAGGAGCCGCGGGGCCGGGCGGCAGCUGCGGGCGGUGCGGCGCUGCGGGGACAGACGGACACGGGGACACGCGCGGCUUCGCCAUGGUGGAAGCGUUCGUGGGCACCUGGAAGCUGGUGGACACGGCCAAUUUCGAUGAGUACAUGAAGGCGUUGGGGGUGGGCUUUGCCACCAGGCAGAUGGCCGGCCUGACCAAACCCACCACCAUCAUCGAGGUGGAUGGUGACAAGGUGACGGUGAAGACCCAUAGCACCUUCAAGAACACAGAGAUCAGCUUCAAGCUGGGCGAGGAGUUCGAUGAGACCACGGCCGACGACAGGCACGUCAAGUCCUUGGUCAAGCUAGAUGGAGGCAAGCUGGUCCAUGUGCAGAAGUGGGAUGGGAAGGAGACAUCACUAGUGCGGGAGCUGAAGGAUGGGAAAUUGAUUCUGACUCUCACCAUGGGCAGUGUUGUCUCCACCCGCACCUACGAGAAGGCAUCAUAGGGGCUGUCCCCAGCUCCCUGCCCGUCCCCCAGUGCCAGCUCCAGCAUUGAGUUCUCUGCCUUCCCCGCGCGGUGCGCGGCUCACCGCAGUGCUGGAGCCUUCCAAAGCCACCGUGCCCUGAUCCUGUGGUCUCGUGGGGCUGGUUGGGGUGAGGGUGUUAUGUUUGUUAUUAUUUUUCUCUUUUUUUUUUUUUUUUUAAUGGAAGAACCCACGUGGAAAAAUAAUAAA